AUGGAACAACAGUUCGAAAGUGAGUAUCACGAUCCUCUGGAACAAUUAGAAAAGGCAUUAGCAACAGCAAAACAAAUUGAGCAACAGCUGUUAGCAAAACUUCCUGAUAUGAACUCCUUAAGAAAAAUUUCUUCUUGGUAUUAUGGUCAUAAAAAACAAUUAUUUAAUGAAGAACUACGUCAUAAAUAUCCAAUGUUUAAAUUUACAACAACUACGUCAACAAAACAAAUAAUUGAAAUCGUACCACAAAUUUAUUACAUCCACAAACAGACGACAAAAUCAGCAAUCAAGUAUUUGAUUGAUACUAUUCGAGCAUGCAAAAUAACAUCAUUUGUUUUGGAUACGGAAUCGGAUCCAUCAACCACUCCAGCAAAACCAUCACUUAUUCAAAUUCUACCGGUUCCAUCGUUUUGUUCUCCACUGCUAGUUAUUUUGAUCGAAGUGCAGUGGUUGUCACCGUUGUCUUCGUCACAUGGACAAUUGAUAAAACAAUUAUGCGAUGUUAUUUUUCAAGAACAGCAUGAGUUUAUUGCGUGGGGUAGAAUUGACGAUGAAUUAGAGAAAUUUCGACAUUUUAAUUUAUUUAAACCGUCCAAUAUCGUAUAUAUCAGAAAUAUGCAAAAAGAAUUUCGGCCGUACUAUAAUCAUCAUCAUCCGCAUGCAUCAGAUUGUCCUGGUUUAGAACAAAUUUCAUUAGUUGAUGAUGAAUUAGAUUUAGCUGUUUCGCAGGAUAGUUUGGAAUUCGAUCAUGACCCGGAUCAUGAAUUAUGUACAUGUGAAUUCAGACCUUACAAAGAUCCUUACAAUCCGAAUGCGUGGUCGCUUCAACGUGCAAUCGCUCUUGGAUUUGAGCAAUUUUUAGAUAAGGCAUAUACAUGUGCUAAAUGGUCUGGUGGAAUUGAUCUUAAUCUUGGAACGUGGAAAUUUCGUGAUCCUGUCCUCCGUUCUCAACAGGAAUUAUUACGACGCAAUAUGGAAAAAUACGCAGCGAACGAUGUGGUAUCAGUCUUAUAUAUCUUUCAACGCAUAGAAUCACAGCAUAAGAAGAAAACCACAAAGAUUAAACGGCCGAUCCCGAACUGA